UCCAAUGGGCAGCGCGGUAGGAAAAUGAUCUCCAGCGUUCCGAUGGGGAAGUGGAGCGGCCCGAUGGAUCCCGGAUGCCGCCGGGGAUGGCUGGGCUGCUGAACUGAUCAGACACCGUCGCCUCCACUGACCGAGGCCGCGGGGGACCUUGCGCGGGUGCCUUGAGCGAGGCAGCGGUUGCAGCAGUCGCCGGCUCGGAGGUUUCCUUUUGGAGGGGCUUGUGGGAACCAUGGGACUACCUGCCCUGGAAUUUAGCGAUUGCUGUUUGGAUAGUCCUCAGUUCCGAGAGAGGCUGAAAUCUCAUGAAGCUGAACUGGAGAAGACCAACAAGUUCAUCAAGGAGCUCAUAAAAGAUGGCAAGUCCCUCAUCGCAGCUCUUAAGAAUCUGUCUUCAGCAAAGCGAAAGUUUGCAGAUUCCUUGAAUGAUUUUAAAUUUCGAUGUAUAGGUGAUGCAGAAACAGAUGAUGAAAUAUGUAUAGCAAAAUCCCUACAAGAGUUUGCUGCUGUCCUUAGAAAUCUGGAAGAUGAGCGCAUGCGCAUGAUUGAGAAUGCUAGUGAGGUCUUGAUCACACCUUUGGAGAAAUUCCGUAAGGAGCAAAUUGGUGCUGCUAAGGAAGCUAAGAAGAAGUAUGAUAAAGAAACAGAGAAAUAUUGUGGUGUGUUAGAAAAGCACUUAAACCUAUCUUCAAAGAAAAAAGAAUCCCAGCUUCAAGAGGCAGACAGCCAGGUGGAUCUGGUUCGGCAGCAUUUCUAUGAAGUCUCUCUGGAGUAUGUUUUCAAAGUACAGGAAGUUCAGGAGAGGAAGAUGUUUGAAUUUGUGGAACCUUUGCUGGCUUUUUUGCAAGGGCUGUUCACAUUCUACCAUCAUGGCUAUGAACUUGCAAAGGACUUCAGUGAUUUCAAAACGGAGCUGACAAUCAGCAUUCAAAAUACGAGGAACCGUUUUGAAGGCACACGAUCAGAGGUCGAGUCCUUGAUGAAGAAAAUGAAAGAGAAUCCCCAUGAGCACAAAAACAUCAGUCCUUACACAAUGGAGGGCUACCUGUAUGUCCAAGAAAAGCGUCACUUUGGAACAUCCUGGGUGAAGCAUUACUGCACCUAUCAGAGUGACUCUAAACGUAUAACUAUGGUGCCAUUUGAUCAGAAGUCUGGUGGAAAAGGGGGAGAAGAUGAAGCCAUUAUCCUCAAAUCUUGCACGCGUCGGAAAACUGAUUCCAUAGAGAAGAGGUUUUGCUUUGAUGUGGAAGCAGUGGAUCGGCCAGGUGUAAUUACAAUGCAAGCACUUUCUGAAGAAGAUCGAAGGCUGUGGAUGGAGGCAAUGGAUGGCCGGGAACCGGUUUAUAAUUCAAACAAAGACAACCAAAGUGAAGGCACUGCCCAGCUGGAUAACAUGGGCUUCAGCAUUGUCAAGAAAUGCAUACAUGCUGUUGAAACAAGAGGUAUCAAUGAACAAGGACUGUACAGAAUAGUUGGUGUCAACUCUAGAGUACAAAAGCUAUUGAGUAUCUUAAUGGAUCCUAAAACAGCUGAAACAGAAGAUGACAUCUGUGCAGAGUGGGAGAUAAAAACAAUCACUAGUGCACUGAAAACAUACUUGAGAAUGCUCCCAGGGCCACUCAUGAUGUAUCAGUUUCAAAGAAGCUUCAUCAAAGCAGCAAAACUGGAGAAUCAAGAAUCCAGGCUCUCAGAGAUCCACAGCUUAGUGCACAGACUCCCUGAGAAAAACAGACACAUGCUCCAUUUGCUCAUGAAUCACUUGGCAAAUGUUGCUAAAAACCACAAACAAAAUCUAAUGACUGUUGCAAAUCUGGGUGUUGUUUUUGGACCAACUUUAAUGCGGCCACAAGAAGAAACAGUUGCUGCCAUUAUGGACAUCAAGUUCCAAAACAUUGUGGUUGAGAUCUUAAUAGAAAACCAUGAAAAGGUAUUUAACAUAGUUCCAGACACACAGCAGUCAAAUUCACAGCUGCUUUUGUCUCGAAAGAGGAGUACAGAUUCAAAGCCUCCUUCAUGCAGUGAGAGGCCUUUAACGCUCUUCCAUACAGUGCAGACUAAUGAGAAGCAGGAGAACAGGAACAGUAUCAUCAACUCCAGCCUGGAAUCAGUCAUAUCAUCCAACAUCAACAGUUUCCUCCGCUCUAACAGCACUCCUCAGUCUAACAUGAACUCCAGUGACCCUGAUCUAGAAGUGUUUAAGCCCAACAGGCCAAACUCACUAGCCCCCACUGCUCCAUCUGAGGCCUAUGAAGAUGCACCUACUUCAAAUCAACCAUCUGUGGAAAGUGGCGACAUUGACAACCCUCAGAAUCCAAGUCCAACAUCACCCCUUUCACCGUCCUGGCCUAUGUUCUCUGCACCAUCCAGCCCAAUGCCCACCUCCUCUACGUCCAGCGACUCAUCCCCCAUCAGCUCACCAUUACGUAAAGCCAGAGCUUUAUACGCUUGUAAAGCAGAACAUGACUCGGAGCUCUCCUUCACUGCAGGCACCAUAUUUGAUAAUGUUCAUCCAUCUCAAGAGCCUGGCUGGUUGGAAGGAACUUUGAAUGGAAAAACAGGAUUGAUUCCAGAGAACUAUGUAGAGUUCCUAUAACUAUGGACACAUUCAUACACAACAUUGCUGAGCUUUACAUGGUAUCCAUGACAACUGCUGAUUAGUGUAUUGUAAAUCAUUUGCUGUUUGCCACUGUGAAAAGCAAGGUGAAGGACUCCUGUACCUGUUCAGAAGAAUGUUUAUGUAAAUAAUAAUUGUAUGUUUCUCCUUAUAUAAUGUAUUGUUUGUGCAAAGACACUGCAGAAAAUGGCAAGAGCAAAUGGAUGAGGAGCUUUGGUGGAGAUCUUUCAACUGUUCUGGGAAGGGAGUCUUUGAAUUUUCUAAAUUAUGUUUUGUUCCAUUCUGAAGGGUGUAUGAUGGAAUACUGAGGGAAUGUGACUUAAAAUGUUUCAGGGACACUUUCUGUUUAACUGGAUCAACUUGCAAAAAACAAAGGGGUUGCAGGAUUGGCCCUUUGGUCUCCUAUCAGUUGGCAUCUCGGAAGGGAGAAAAGAGCAAAGAACUACACCUCUAAAGCUUUCCUCUAGGCUGGCAAAAAUAAAUGAUUGCUGAGAGGAAAGCAUGUCUGUUCCUUUUAUCUUUAGCCAGUAAAAGUACUGUUUAUAUACAUCAAGACACUAAUGGCUUACUGCUGCAGAGGCUAGCCAACCCUGACAGGAUUCAAUUCCUUCUCAACACAUAAAUUAUUCCUGUAAUGAGAACUGCAUCACUACCUACACCAGAAAAGGCAGUAGUUGCAUUACAAUAAUGCUUUUAAUUUUUUAAUGCCUCCAAAUUGAAUGGUUUCCAUAGUGUGUGUAGCAAUUGUGAAGUAUGAGGUCCAAAUCAUCAGCAGCAAUAUGAAGAAAAAAUGGUGUUCUGAACCAAACCUCAUAAUGACUUACUUAAUUUUUUUUUUAAGUGUAGAAGGUUGCUGAGUAGAACAUCUAGAGUCUCUGCCAACAAGUAGUUUCCUCGCCAGGAGAGGGAGGGGCACAAGAGUGCAGCUCCUACAAAGUAGCACACCAUCUGAAGGACUGGGAUCAUUCUGUUGUCACCAGCACAAGUUUAUAGAAAUAGGCACCCACAAUUUAUUAGAUAUACAUCUCAUUCUGGUUUCUUGUGCAUGAACUUCUAUCAUUCAUAACAACUGCUUUCCAAGAUGGUGCUCUUUGCUAGCUUUGUACCUUGCCAUUGUUGUCAGGUAUGCAGUAAAUCAUUUUAUGCAGUCAACUCCUAUUAAAUCUUAUAUUUGUUGUGUAUCCAGGUGAAAACUUUAAAAGACACACAUACACAAAGCAUUAGGAUUUGUGACCUUUUGCACCAUUAACGAUGCCUUUCAUUUAUGCCUUUUCAAUAAAGGGGGUGGGGUGGGGAAGAUCAGGUUCAUCUUUGCUCUAAAGGAUGAUGAGAACCACCCAGUAUGUGUUGUAUGGUGUUUCACAAAGUUGUAGAUCUAAUAUUUAAGGAAAACUGCAUGGUCUGAAAGCCAGUCUUUCCAGAUGUCUGCAUCCAGUGAGAAUUGAUUAGUCUACCUGCAGAAAUAGGUAUGAGCACUUCCUGGUGGACAGUGCUUCCUGUUUUAUGUAGCUGCUGCAUUAUCAUGUUUUAGUGGUCAUAGACCAUUUUUUUCUGCUUUAAAAUGUGCUUUUUAAUUUAAUCUUAAAUUCUUGAGUGGUCAUAUUGCUGUUUGUUUCACUGAUAGAUUGUUUGAACUUUGAGCUGUAAAUAUGAUAAUUUGAGAAAUAUUGUGAGGUAAAAGUUUUUAUAUAUUCUGACUUUUUAACAGAGAUGUAAUAAUGUAGACAUGCAGUGUUCAUUUGAAACCUGUUUAACAGGAGGUUCAAAGACAAGCACAAAUAUAUACCCUAACUUAA